AUGCUCACGAUCGACUGUGUUGGCACAGCGGCGGCGUUGACACUCCCGAAGUCGGACGACUUAACGUUUGGCACGAAGGCACACGUGCUUGCUUCGGAUGCCGUUGGUGGUGCUGUCACCGUUUCGUACCGCGACCACACUACGCAGUGGGACAGCGUUGACGACCAUGUCGUUGCGUACUACUCGGAGGCGUGCAGCCUUGACGUGGCACCCAUUGUGUCGGGCACGCGCGCCGCAGUCCUCUACACCGUGGACCACUCGACGGUACAAUCCAAAGGCGACGAAGACGUGCUGUAUCGCCAGUACAGCAAGCCGAUUCCGCCCCCGACAAUCGCGCGCAUGCAGGACGCAGUGGCCGAAUGGAGCGAGCAUACGCAUGUGGCACUCUGCUGGCACUUUGCACACGCCGGUCCUGUAUCGUUCGACGCGCUCAACGGCAAGGCGACGGCGGUGGUCGAGUACCUCAUUUCGACCGGUGUCGUCGACGUGGCACUCUUCCAUCCCUACGGGCGGACCGACGACGUCGUGUUUCACGCAGCGUGCAACGUGCCGGCGUUGGUCGUCGCUUCGAGCCCCCACGCCCGCUUGUGCGCGUUGUCGGCGCUGGAUCACCACGACAUUGGCGAGAUUGCUGUCGCUUUUUGGCCCAAGGCGCACCGCGUGUACUUCGUCGGCUUCCCGCGCAUGGUCGAGCUACUGCAGACGCCUCGCGACGCCUUGAGCACCGAAUUGGCCGACUCGUUCGACUCGAUGGCAGACCUGGUCUCUGCCGUCAUCCAUAUGCUACGCGAUCGCGUCCGUGAGCGCUACGACAUGGACAUUGAGCGCGCUCACUGGCACCGUCUCGGGUCCCUCCUCUUCCAUGUCUUGGGCCGCGACGACAUGGAUUUGUACAUGCACUUUCUCCAACACACCGUCGGCAACGUCUUUUGGGACGUGGCCGAUCUGGCGCAAACCUGGUUUCUGGAACUCGUGGCGCGCUUCGGCUGGCAGCAACUGCUGCCCCUCGUCUUGCAAGUGGUGUACGUCACCGAUACAUCGGAGGAUGCCAAAUUCAUGCACUUGCUUCGCGGGCUUGUCGACGAGAACCGCUUGCGCCUGCGCCAGCGCCACGCGACCGAGUUCCUCAAGGCCGUACUCAACUUGCUACUGCGUCGGCAAAACGACCAAGGACGGGAUUGGUACGAGAAGCUUCUCCCAAACCACGACGUCUUUCUCCAAGGGGCGUUGCGCAUCACGUCGUGCUUGGCGACCGAACGCACGGACAGCGUGGUCGGCGGUGUCUUGGAGCAGCGGCUUCCGGCGCCCAUUGUGGACAUCAUUGCGCGCUUUGACCCACACGACUGCUCUCUCUUGAAAGCCGUGCACCGCACCGAGCUGUUGCUGCAACAAGUGCCCGAAACGCUAUGGGCGCUUCGGAACGUACCACUGGCGCUGCAAUUGCAGCCGUACAUUGACAUCGCGAUCGCCUACUACGCCACGACGCGUGACUGCAAAACCCUCGGACUCGGCGCGCUGCUCAAAGUUUCGGCCGGUACCCCGUCCUUUGAAGCGGCCGUGGAUGCGGGCGUGCGUCAAGAAAUGGACUUGAACAUUUGGGUGGAUAUGCUCGCGGCACCCAUGACGCACCUCGCGCCGUCGCUCGCAGCGCGGUUGACGCUGCAGGUCCUUGCUGCGGUCAAGGAGGUCUUGCCACUCCGAGUGCAGGAUGCCAUUUGGAUCUGCCACUACGUACGCGCCGACGACGCCUUGGCCAACCUACUCGACCGGCUCUUCACGCAGCAAGCGAUGCACAUGGACCAGGUCACGUUCAUCAUGGACGUGUUUGUGCCGCUUCACGAUGCGUUUGUGGACUCGGACCUUGCGUCGCUGGCGAUGGACCUUGCGAUGCGAAGCGUGCCCGUACUCGCGGCGCGUCUCGCCUUAAUGUCGACCCGCGAGACAUCAACGAUGGCGGCGUGGCCCUGCGACUGCCGCACUUGCACAAAGCUCAAGACGUUUGCGAGAGACCCAGAGCCAAGGACCGAGUGGUUUGUGACGCGCGGGUGCAAGUACCUCACACAAAGAAUGGAAGCCGGCACCGCGUUCCAUUGGUACCCGUCGCACGCCCAAGAUCUGUGCUGGGAAUUGGUCCAUAAACACACGCCAAGUUUGGUCAACAACCCAACGGACCUCGUCACCAAGAUGCACGACGCCAAGGCACGCCUCGAGCGCUCGCUCGCCGUGCCUCUGCAAGACUAA